GCUGGCAGCAUCGCCAAACAGCUGUUUGCACCUUCAAAUAUCAAAUAAAUAUUGCAGAAAUGGUGCGCGUGGGACUCCAAAUAUCCGCCACCUUGGAGAACAUAGACAAAAUAGAGACGUGCCAUCCAGACUAUUCAUUCUUCGUGAAGUUGACCUGCAGCAACUGCGGCGAGCAGUCAGACAAAUGGCACGACAUAACCGAAUCGGAGCGGGUGCAGCAAGACACUCGCAACGCGGCCGGCUUUAACUUUUUCAUGAAGUGCAAAAUGUGCAGCCGGGAGAACAGCAUUGAUAUUGUGGAAAAGUCGAACGUUCCUUACACAGCGGGUGAUAGUGGAAAUCUUAAGACCAUCGUCAUAUUUGACUGCCGCGGCCUGGAACCUGUUGAUUUCUCCCCCCGCUCUGGAUGGAAGGUUUUCUCCUCCGAAAAUGGCCAGUCCUUUGAGGAUGUCGAUCUAUCGGAAGACGACUGGGUGGAGUACGACCAGAAGAAUAACAACUCCGUAGGAGUCUACGAGUUUGCCUCAAAGUUCGUCAAGCUUAAGAAGUGAUCAGUGACUGUUUCUCUUUAUUCAAUAUUAUGAAUAAAUACGUGGAAUACGCUCUCA